AUGCAUUUCCUUCGGAAAGCUGACCAAAAACCCAGUGGGUCUGGAUUCGGACGGUGGCUUUCAGGAACCGCGUCUGAUCACCUUGGCCGCUUCAAUAUGAUCUCAACUAUGAUGGCAACGACCACGAUCCUCAUUUUUGUUAUAUGGUAUCCAUUUGGUCAUCAUAUUGGCGUGCUAUAUCCUUUCAUCGGCUGUCUGGGAUUUGGUACCGGAAGUAUUCUCAGCCUGACGCCUGUGUGCGUCGGUCAGAUCUGUAAAACAGAAGAAUUCGGCGAAUGGACUUUGAUUGGAAUUCCAAUCGGUGGGCAGCUUCUCCAGGUAGCCGGCCCAACACGCCUGGUCGCAUUCAUCGGUGGCAUACUUGGAAUUUCUUUCGCGAGCUUUGUUGUUACCCGUUGGGCAUGUUUGGGCUAUCACUGGAAGUGGCAAGUAAAGGUAUGA